GUGUAUUUAAAAAAAAAAACGAAGCUGCUAGAAGCUGUGAGUGAUUCGAAGAAGCACACGCGUUUCGCGAUCGUAACGAAUAAAUAUGUAUCGCGCGGCCGUUUGUUCCACGCAUUCGUGCAAUUUGCGCGCAGAUAUAACGGUCCAUGAACUAAGUGGACUGUUUUUGACAGUUCCGAAGCGCCGACGAUAGAUCCGCUCUAUUUAGCUGCACUACAAUUACACUUUCCAUACUAAAAAUGAGAUGUUAAACAGCGAGGCCAAUGCCAGGCGUAUCGCGAUGGUUGAGAAUUGCUUUGGCGGGUCGGGUCAGCCGCUCGCUGUGCCAGGCAGAGUUUUGGUGGGAGAAGGUGUCUUGACAAAAAUGUGCAGGAAAAAGCCCAAACCCAGACAAUUCUUUCUGUUCAAUGAUAUAUUGGUCUAUGGGAAUAUCAUGAUUAAUAAGAAAAAGUACAACAAACAACAUAUAAUACCGUUGGAGGAGGUAAAAUUAGAGUCUCUAGCCGAUGAGGGUCAAUAUCGUAAUGGAUGGCUCAUUAAGACAGUAACAAAGUCGUUUGCUGUUUAUGCUGCUACCGCAACAGAAAAACAAGAAUGGAUGGCACAUAUCACAAAGUGUAUUGAAGAUUUAUUAAGAAAAAGUGGCAAAAAACCUGUUGAAGUCCACGCAGCAGUUUGGGUACCAGAUAAUGAAGCUACAAUUUGCAUGCAUUGUAAUAAAACACAAUUCACAGUAUUGAACAGACGGCAUCACUGUAGGCAAUGCGGAGCGGUAGUCUGCGGUCCUUGCAGUAAUAAAAAAUUAUUGCUGCCUGGACAGGGCAAUGGAAAGGCCGUCAGGGUGUGUUUACAAUGCUAUGAUGCUGCUAGUAAAGUUAAAGCUAUUCCCGUACCUGGUGUGAAUAGCUUAAAUAAUAAAGAUCAGCAACGUAAUUCUGCCGAUAGUUCAGGAGGCGACAGCUCUGGAGAUGAUGAUGAAGCAAAUAAGGAGGAAAAUCAUGACGAGCCUAAAUUUUAUUCUCCACUCGUCCGAUGAAGAUAACUACAUUACAACACAACACGAUAAUGUUACGGAAUGAUAUUUUUGAAAGCCAAUAACAGUUCGACUAUUAUCAAUUAUAGAAAAAUCUACAGAAAUAUCCUUAGAAAUAUUUCUAAACAAUAUAUAUAUACAUAUAUAUAUAAAGAACUAAAAGAUCUUUCUAAUUAUGUACAAAUAUGAUGGAUAAAUUUAUAAGAAAAUUUACAAAACAUAUUUUAUUGGAUACAUAUAUCUAAUUCGUAUAUUUAGUAUUAAUAAAUAAGUGCUAAAUAUGUACAGAUGAUUGGAAAAGAACAAAGAGAAGAAAUAGUAUUUCUCCAAAGAAUUAAUAUUUCUUCUAAAAAUACUAGCAAUGUGCGUCAUUAGAAUCAACAAAAAUUUUUAAUUGCUUAAUAUGGUUAUUAUUAAUUAAACUCAUUAGUGAGUAUAGACACAUCUUUAUUUUAGAUAUACGUAUCUUAGAAAUAUAUGCCACAUUGUGCCUUCUUAUAUUAUUAAUCAAUGUUGGAUAUAUAAGCAGCUGAUGUAAUAUCUAAUGCGUCAUAUAGAACACAAUUUUCAAAAUGUAAAGUUUAAUUUUUAAUCCAUAGAUUUGUACCUAUUAUUAAAAAUAAUUAUAUACCCACAUACAAGUACAUAGCAAUCCAAACCUAUUAUUUGUGUAAUAAAACGUUAUAUUAUUACAAAAUUUGUGUUUAAUUAAAAUAUUAAAUUGACUUAUUUUUCUAUCAGUAAUUUUUUAUGUUAACAAAUUUAGUUUCUCAUAUAUCCAAAUUCUGCAUGCCUAAUUGAUAAAUUAAGUACGACUAUGGAAAUGAAUCUAGAAUGACCGUAGACUUAUUAUAUGUAAUUCUCGAGUAAACAUUCAGUCUUACAUUAUAUUAUAUUCUAAUGUAUAUUUUAUAGUAAUCUAUACAAAUACAAGAAAAGAUUAGGGCUGCAAAUGAUUUAUUUAUUACUAACAUUCGUUGGAUAUUAUUGCAACUAAUUCGGAUUACGAACAAUCCUUUAAUCGAAAAUACAAUUCGAAAUAAAGCAAAAGAAUAGCGCAUGUACAAGAGGUAUUCUAUUAAUAAAUUGCAAACGCAUUACGAUCAUGUUACAUACACGUA